AUGUCAGACGGGGGCCUCCGAACAAAUGACCUCUCCAUCACGCCGCAGGCCAUGCAGGUCACAAUCAAGAAGUCCAAGACCGACCAACUCGGCAAGGGUCACUCCGUCCAGCUCACAACCACCAACUCAACGGUUUGCCCGGUCAGAGCCAUGCAUACCUAUCUCUCCAGACGCGCCAACCUGCCCAAUAGACCACUGGUCGUCGAAAGCUGUGGCAAUUUCCUGGCUGCACAAAGACUCACACGUCUAAUCCGUCAGCUCCUGAGCAGCGCAGGGUACCCACCGAACCAGUAUCCACUGCACGGCCUCAGAGCCGGACCCGCAACCACAGGAGCAUUGAGCGGCUUCACCGAAUGCGAGAUCAUGAAACUCGGCAGAUGGCGAAGUGCCUGCUACAAGCACUAUGUCCGCUGUGGAAAGUAA